UCGUCGACGUUCCCCGGCGGCCGGCUCUCCUGUCCCCGUCCCGGAUGGCCUCUACUUCCCCUCCAAUGGCGACCAGCAGCGAAGUGGCGUCGCGUCUGAUGGAGAUCCCCGACCACCUCCUGAUGGAGAUCUUCCUCCGUCUACCGGCCCCAGAAGACCUCGCCCGCACCUCCGCCGCGUGCAUCUCCUUCCGCCGACUCGUCACCGACCAGUCCUUCAUCCGCAGCUUCCGCCGCCUCCACGCCCCGCCACUCCUCGGCUUCCUCGACCACGACGGCUUCAACCCAGCUCUCCCGCCCAACCCCUCCGCGCCCGCCGCCCGCGCGCUCGCACACGCUGCCGACUUCUCCUUCUCCUUCCUGCCCUCCCACUGCCGAUGGGCCAUCCGGGACAUCCGCGACGGCCGCGUCCUCCUCGUCGACCCCCAAGAAGAUGAGUGGGCGCCGGUCUUCAGGGAGGUCGCCGUGUGCGACCCCUUGCACCGGCGGUACGUCCUGCUCCCCCCACUACCUCAAGACCUAGCCACCUCGGUGGAGCAUUUCCUCCUUCCCCUCGGCGAGGAACUAGAGACAACAUUCAGAGUGAUCUGUGUGGCACAUUUCACCACCAGGGUGGCGGCCUUCGUCUUCUCGUCAAACACCGGACAAUGGCAAGCCGCUGCAUCCAAGAAUUAUAGCGAUGGCAUCGGCGAAAAGUGCUUUUGA